AUGUCUGAACAACAAAAACAAACAUUAGAGGGUUCAACAAAAACAACAAAAAACACAAAUAAUUCUCGUUAUAUGCACAGUAUUUUCCAAGAGUGUGAUCAAUUAAAGAAAGAAUACGACAAUUGUUUUAACGCUUUCUUCCAGAAAUUUAUAAGUCCGGAAUAUCGACAUUCUAGUGGGUUGAAUAAUCCUUGUGAACAAGUACAUUUUGUUUAUAGAGAGUGUGUUGAAAAGGUUUGA